UUAUAUUGUAUAGCUUUAAAAGUGUUUUCAAUUUCUGCUGUGUAUCUUAAUGUUUUAGUUUUCCCACAGGUACCAGAGCUAAAGAUGACGAACCUCAAAACGGAUAUUUCCUUUUGGAAUGGCCACGGUAUGCCCCUGGUCGGACUAGGAACUUGGCAGGCACCAGAUGAGGAAGUUAAAGCAGCUGUUCAAUGGGCUUUUGAAGCAGGUUAUCGUCAUAUUGAUACAGCCUUCAAUUAUCAAAAUGAGGGGGCCAUCGGCGAAGUGAUUGACGAAUGGAUUAAAGCUGGUAAAGUGAAACGUGAAGAGCUUUUUAUAACCACAAAACUGCCGCUGAUUGGAAACUCUCCUGACAAAGUAGAGAAAUUUAUAAAGCUUUCGCUUGAAAGUUUGAAGCUAGAUUAUGUGGAUCUGUACUUGAUACAUUUCCCCGUCGGAUUUCUCCCUGGAAAAGACGACACGGACCUUUUUCCCCGUGACGAAGAGGGCAAAGCCAAAGUUGAUAUGACAACCGAUAUUGUUGCCUUGUGGAAGGCAAUGGAAGCUCAAGUGGAUGCCGGCCGCGCAAAAUCAAUUGGCUUGUCUAACUUUAAUAGCGAGCAAAUCGAAAGGAUUGUGCAAGCAUCCCGGAUCAAGCCUGCGAACUUACAAGUGGAACUGCAUGCAUAUUUUCAGCAAAAGUUGUUACGAGCCGCUUGCGCAAAACACGGCAUUACAGUUUGCGCUUAUGGCCCACUUGGGUCAAAAGGAAGGAUUGAGUUGAACGCUAAACGUGGACUACCGCCACCCGCAAUUCCAGGUGUACUUGAAGACCCCGUAGUCUUGGAAAUCGCCCAGAAACACUCAAAAACUCCUGCUCAAAUUCUUCUCCGCCAUUUAAUACAAGAAGAUGUCGUCGUUAUACCAAAAAGUGUUUCAAAAACUCGAAUUCAGGAAAAUUUGGGGGUUUUCGAUUUUGUUUUAUCGGAUUCUGAAAUUAGUAAGCUGGAUAGCUUGGAUAAAAAUGAUAGGACAUUCGAUUUUAAAUUUCUAGCCGAGUAAACAAAAAUGGAUUCUGCCUUAAACGAUAAGCGUUUCGCUAAUAUUGGCAAGGAUCCUCGCUUUCGUCGAGUGCCUGCCUCUACUAGGAAAGUCGUUGUUGACAAGCGGUUCAAUGCCAUGUUCAAUGAGCGACAGUUCAAGUUAAAGUACACCGUCGACAAACGUGGCAAACCAUCCAAUCUCACUAGUAACGAACAAUUGAAAGAUUUCUAUGAAAUCGAAUCAGAAGAUAGUGAUGCAGAGAACAAUGAUGCUGAUGAAGAAGAUUUGAAUAGUGAUGUUGAAAAGGAAAUUGAAAUUGAAGAUCACGAAAAUCAAGAAAAGGCAAAGAAACCAACAAAACCCAUCUUGAAGAAUAACACAAAAAUUGUAAAUGGAUUCCAUGUAUCUGAUGUACAAGAAGAUAAAGAUGAACCAACACUGGAGUUGAAUGAUGCUGUGAAAGCAAAAUUACAAGACUUGAAUGUAGAUUAUGCUAGAGGGGAAGGCCUCUUGUUCUCUGAUAGUUCUUCAUCAGAAGAGGAAUCUGAUGAAGAAGAAGUUGAUCAAGAAGUUAUCCAUGACUGGGGAGAGCUUGACAAAGAUGCAGAAGAGACUGACACAGCCACUUUCCGUUUAGCAAUUUGCAAUAUGGAUUGGGAUCGAAUUAGAGCUGUUGAUCUAAUGGUUGUUAUGCAAUCAUUUGCUCCUCAAGGCGGUAGUGUGCGAAAUGUAACCAUUUUCCCAUCUCAAUAUGGAUUAGAAAGAAUGAAAGAAGAAGAAGUACUAGGGCCAAAGGAAUUGGUUGAGAUGAAACAUAAUGUGGUAACUAGUACAGAAGACAAAGGUGAAACUGACGAAGUAGACGACUACCAUCGUGAAAAGUUGCGACAAUACCAAAUUAAUCGACUCAAGUACUACUAUGCUGUAGUUGAAUGUGAUUCGGCCGAAACUGCCAACAAAAUAUACGAAGAAUGUGACGGACAAGAAUUCGAAUCCAGUGCAGCAAGGCUAGAUUUGCGUUUCAUUCCUGACGAUAUGGUUUUCGAUGAAAAGCCCCAUGAUGUAUGCAAUUCCAUGCCAGACGUGUCACAGUAUGAACCUCAGAUUUUCAUGACGUCAGCAUUGCAACAAGCUGAAGUUCACCUCACAUGGGACGAAACUGACCCUUCCAGAAUGCAAACAAUGCAAAAGCUUUUCAAAGGCAAGAACGGAAAACCAACAUUAGAUGUAGAUGAUGAGAGAAUUAAAAACUUUUUGGCUACUUCUUCCGAAGAGGAAGACGAAGAUGAAAACCCGAUAAAAACAAAAAGCCUCGUUGACGACGAAGAAGUGGACGGGGCAGAGUCUUGCAUAGGCGAGAGCGAACGAAUAGCUAAAUAUCGGAAUUUGUUGGCUACAAUCGCUCAGUCUGAAGAAACGGCAAAGAAGAACAAAGGCGACGUAGAAAUGGAAAUUAGUUGGGGUGUUGGACUCCAAAGCAAAGCUGAAGAGAUGGUUAAAAAGAAGAUGGCAGAGAAAGCGCUGGAAACUCCGUGGGAACAGCAGUUAGCCAAGCGCAGAGAGAAGCGAAAGGCUAAACGACAAGAAAAGAAACAGAUAGAAAUUGCGUCGCCUUCCGAUGACGAAGAAGAAUGUGAUGACAUACCCUCUGAUAUCGACAUGAACGACCCAUACUUCAAGGAAGAAUUUGAGAAAGAAGAUUUCCGUAAAAAGAAGCCGAAUUCGAAGAGUAAAAAGGUAGAAGAGACGUCUUAUUCUGCUGAUGAGGCAACCAAAGCCGCUGAACUCGAAUUACUUUUGAUGGACGAUAAUGACGGCAAGCGGCAUUUUAACCUUAAGUCCAUCAUCAAAGACGAAAAACGAUCCGCCAAAAAGGGUACAAAGAAAACGAAUGAAACCGAAAAACCUAAAAAUGACGAUUUUAAGAUUCAGGUCGACGAUGCUAGAUUUGCAGCAUUAUUUACUUCUCAUCAUUUUAAUUUGGAUCCUUCCGACUCCAAUUUCAAGAAAACGGAAGCCAUGGAAACUAUUUUGCUAGAAAAACAAAAACGGAGAAAGAGUGAACCUAAUCCUGAAGUAACAAAUCAUCCACAGGAACAAGGAGAAGCGAAGAAACCUAAGAUGGACUCGGAGUUAUCUCGGCUUGUACGCUCUGUCAAAGUAAAAACCUCAAUGCAGAAAAACCAGAAAAAAUUCCAAUCUGCACGACACUGAAAAAAAAAUUGGCAAUAUAGUACACUCGCGUCAUCCGGAUAGUGUAUUCACUUGCACAUCAAAAAUUAUAAACAACUGCCCCAAUUUGAAGGACGAUUA